GUAACUGGUUUUAGUUACUCGGAAAAAUACAUCCGGGUGUAGGGUGUUAAAAAGUCUGUUUAAAAGUGUCUGGUAUUUAGCACUUGUAAACAGGGAGAGUUUUUUGUGUAUCGUUCUGAAAUAGUGAAGAUAUAAUUUUUCUCUCAUAUAUUCUCCUUGUGUUUGUUCUCUCAUUUUUCUGGUGUUCUCAAUAUUUUUCGGGUUCUUACGCGCUUAAAAUCCCAACAAUUGGUAUCAAAGCCAAGUUACAUUUGGGGCGGAGGGAUUUCUAAGCGGUAAGAGAAGAAAGUCGAGAACUUGAAAAAUGGCAUCGGUAAAAAGUUCGAAUGUUUCCGUCGAACCUUUUGAUGGACGUGGCGAUUUUACUCUGUGGCAACAACGAGUAAAAAGCGUUCUUACUCGGGAAGGGACAAUCAAAGCUCUGAAGGUGAAGGUUCAGAGGACAGAAAAAAUGACGGAUGCUGAGUGGGCCAAACACCGGAAGAACGACAAACCGGAAAAAUUGUCGGAAGAAGAGUGGGAGGAUUUGAAUGACAUGGCAACAAGUACAAUAUGCCUAUGCCUUGCAAAUAAUACUCUUCGGGAGGUUCUCGGUUUGACGGACCCGGUGGAUAUUUGGGACAAGCUGGAGAGCCGGUACAAGUCGAAAUCGUUGACAAGUAGGCUAUACUUGAAGAAACGAUUGUUUGGUCUCCAAAUGGCGGAGGAAGCUAACUUUAAUGGACACUUGGAUGAAUUCAACAAGAUUACAACAGAGUUGGAAUCCAUUGAUGUGAAGAUUGAAGAGGAGGACAAGGCGCUGCUUUUGUUGGCUUCAUUGCCUUCAUCUUUUGACAACAUCGUGACCACGCUUUUGUUUGGAAAAGAGACCUUAAAAUUUGAUGAAGAAAAGUUUGAUACCUAUCAAACUUGUGAUGGGGGUGCUGUGAAGAUGGCAAAUGGUGCACGGAGCAAAAUUGCAGGGGUCGGAACAGUGCAAGUUCGCAUGUUUGAUGGCGUGGUGAGAACAUUAACUGGAGUGAAACAUGUACCGGGUCUAAAAGGAAAUUUGAUUUCAUUGGGGGCUUUAGACUCAGAAGGCUACCGAUUUUUUGCUCAAGGUGGAGUGUUAAAAAUUUCUAGGGGAGCAAUGGUGGUAGCAAAAGGAGUUUUGUCAAAAGGCUUGUAUAAACUUGUAGGAAAAGAUUUGACACGGAAGUUCCCAGAAGGAAAAAUUACAAGUGCAACGAGCGGAGCAUUUGCAUGGAAGAAGCGGGUGACAUUUGAAGAUUCUCAGGUUGGUGGAGACUGUGAACUCGCCGGAACGAGCGGGGUGGAGUCGGACCAUGUGGAGUUGUCUCCUUCUCUUGGUUCUUGGUGGUGUACGAAAAUAAUGGGAAUAUGGGAUGGAGAUGUUUUUUUUUUUGGCCUUCACCUCUUAUAAGAGGAAUCCUUUUCUUUAUAAUUGUGUGUGUGGGUUGACACACGGCCAAGAGAGAAGAAAAGAGGGAAAGUGUGUGAAGAGAGAGGUGCUACACAAGAUAUCACCAAUAUUGUGUGAGUGAGUGUAGGGAGUAACUGGUUUUAGUUACUCGGAAAAAUACAUCCGGGUGUAGGGUGUUAAAAAGUCUGUUUAAAAGUGUCUGGUAUUUAGCACUUGUAAACAGGGAGAGUUUUUUGUGUAUCGUUCUGAAAUAGUGAAGAUAUAAUUUUUCUCUCAUAUAUUCUCCUUGUGUUUGUUCUCUCAUUUUUCUGGUGUUC